GGAAUUUCAGACGCUCGUCUGAGAUGGAGAAGAAGCUCUCAGUCGCUUUCUUUUCUCUCCUUUUCCUCUUCUCUUUCUUCUCAUCUACUGAUGGAAUCGAAUCUCCUCAAUUCACAGUCCUCCAUUCAGAAUCCGAUUUCGAGAUCCGAUACUACAGAGAAUCUUCGUGGAUGACGGCUUCUGUUCGCGGAAUUUCCUUUCAUAAGGCCACCAGAGAAGGCUUCCACAGAUUGUUUCAGUACAUCCAAGGCGCCAAUCUCAAUUCUUCCCGGAUUGCAAUGACUGCUCCAGUGUUAACAAGCAUCGUCCCAGGGGCGGGCCCGUUGAACUCAUCGGCCUACGCCGUCCGGCUCUACUUGCCUGUGAAAUUCCAGGCAGUGCCGCCGCUCCCCCUCCCUGAACUGGACCUGCAUCCAGGCAAAUGGGUGGGCCACUGUGUUGCAGUCAGGAAGUUCUCCGGGUUUGCUCGGGACAGCAACAUUGUCAAGGAGGCAGAGAAACUCGCCAUCAGCUUGAGCCGAUCUCCAUGGGCGGGUUCAACCACACCUGAAGGUGAGAAUGCUUACUCGAUUGCUCAAUAUGAUUCCCCUUUCCGCAUUAUUGGGCGCAAAAAUGAAGUGUGGGUGGAUGUUGAUGGGUCUGAAACGGAUGGUUGCCGAUCAAGAAGGUUAGAAGCGUACUGAAGAUCUUGGAUUCAACGGUUGGAUUGUACUUGCAUGGAUCUUCUAUGCGGGUUCUAUUUGUUGCAGCUUCCUGUUCAUAAUGGCAUCUACAGAAUCAUGAAAUUUCAUGAUAUUUUGUGCCGAAUUAGACUGAUUAAUCUUGAAAUUCCAUGUAUAGAACAAAUCUCAGAUGUUUGGGUGGUGGUGUGAUUUCUACCAUGUAUAAAACAAGCUGUAAGUAGAUUGUACAUGUCACUGUUGUGUUUUAACUGUAUGUUUCAGUGGAUAGAUGAUCAGAGCUGUCCACCUGAUAGGUACUGCCACCAUGGAUUGGCUUUGUGUAUAUACUAUCACGCAGAAUGGAUGAUCAUGGCCAUUGAUUUUA